UGGCAGCAGCCACCAGGAAGUGCACUCUGUGCCCUUUGCCAGCUGCCCAGCUGCACCAGUGCCACGCACUGCCAGCCACAGAGCACUGCCCUACCCCGCCCCGCCCAAAGCGGACCUGGUGCUUGGCCUCCGUGGUGACAGGGAUGUGUCAUGGACCCAGGUGCUGUGAGUGGCUGCGAUGCUGUGGUGGAGGGGAGCCCAGACCUCGCACUGUCUGGCUGGGACACCCGGAGAAGAGGGACCAGAGGUACCCUCGAAAUGUCAUCAACAACCAGAAGUACAAUUUCUUCACCUUUCUUCCCGGGGUGCUGUUCAACCAGUUCAAGUACUUCUUCAACCUCUAUUUCUUACUUCUCGCCUGUUCCCAGUUUGUCCCUGAGAUGCGGCUUGGCGCCCUCUAUACCUACUGGGUUCCGCUGGGCUUCGUGCUAGCUGUCACCGUCAUCCGUGAGGCGGUGGAGGAGAUCCGAUGCUACGUGCGGGACAAGGAAGUCAACUCGCAGGUCUACAGCCGGCUCACAGCAAGAGGGACAGUGAAAGUGAAGAGUUCCAGCAUCCAGGUGGGCGAUCUCAUCAUUGUUGAGAAGAACCAGCGGGUCCCCGCCGACGUGAUCUUCCUGAGGACAUCAGAAAAAAAUGGCUCUUGCUUCUUGCGGACAGACCAGCUGGACGGGGAGACAGACUGGAAGCUGCGGCUGCCUGUGGCCUGCACACAGCGGCUCCCCACGGCCUCCGACCUUCUCCAGAUUCGUGCCUAUGUGUACGCAGAGGAGCCGAACAUCGACAUUCACAACUUUGUAGGAACUUUCACCAGGGAGGACAGCGACCCUCCCAUCAGCGAGAGCCUGAGUGUAGAGAACACGCUGUGGGCUGGCACUGUGAUUGCGUCAGGCACUGUUGUGGGUGUCGUUCUUUACACCGGCAGAGAACUCCGGAGCGUCAUGAAUACUUCCAACCCCCGAAGCAAGAUCGGCCUGUUUGACCUGGAGGUGAACUGCCUCACCAAGAUCCUCUUUGGCGCUCUGGUGGUGGUGUCACUGGUCAUGGUCGCCCUCCAGCACUUUGCUGGCCGCUGGUACCUACAGAUCAUCCGCUUCCUCCUCUUGUUUUCCAACAUCAUUCCCAUCAGUCUGCGUGUCAACCUGGACAUGGGCAAGAUCGUGUACAGCUGGGUGAUUCGGAGGGAUUCGAAGAUCCCCGGGACUGUGGUUCGGUCCAGCACGAUUCCCGAGCAGCUGGGCAGGAUUUCGUACUUACUCACAGACAAGACAGGAACUCUGACCCAGAACGAGAUGGUUUUCAAACGGCUACACCUGGGCACAGUGGCCUAUGGCCUCGACUCCAUGGAUGAAGUACAGAGCCACAUAUUCAGUAUUUACACCCAGCAGUCCCAGGAGCCCCCAGCUCAGAAGGGACCCACGGUUACCACCAAGGUCCGGCGGACCAUGAGCAGCCGCGUGCACGAAGCCGUGAAGGCCAUCGCGCUGUGCCACAAUGUGACUCCCGUGUACGAGUCCAACAGUGUGACGGACCAGGCCGAGGCCGAGAAGCAGUACGAGGACUCCUGUCGCGUGUACCAGGCGUCGAGCCCAGACGAGGUGGCCCUGGUCCAGUGGACAGAGAGCGUGGGCCUCACCCUGGUGGGCCGAGACCAGUCUUCUGUGCAGCUGAGGACCCCUGGUGACCAGAUCUUGAACUUCACCAUCCUGCAGAUCUUCCCUUUCACCUACGAAAGCAAGCGCAUGGGCAUCAUCGUGCGGGACGAAUCCACUGGAGAAAUCACAUUUUACAUGAAGGGGGCUGAUGUCGUCAUGGCUGGCAUUGUGCAGUACAACGACUGGCUGGAGGAGGAGUGUGGCAACAUGGCCCGGGAAGGGCUGCGGGUGCUCGUGGUGGCCAAGAAGUCCCUGGCGGAAGAGCAGUACCAAGACUUUGAGGCCCGCUAUGUCCAAGCCAAGCUGAGCGUGCACGACCGCUCCCUCAAAGUGGCCACGGUGAUCGAGAGCCUGGAGAUGGAAAUGGAGCUGCUGUGCCUGACAGGCGUGGAGGACCAGCUCCAAGCUGACGUGCGGCCCACGCUGGAGACCCUGAGGAACGCGGGCAUCAAGGUCUGGAUGCUGACGGGAGACAAGCUGGAGACAGCCACGUGCACGGCCAAGAAUGCACAUCUGGUGACCAGAAACCAGGACAUCCACGUAUUCCGGCUGGUGACUAACCGCGGCGAGGCCCACCUUGAGCUGAACGCCUUCCGCAGGAAGCAUGACUGCGCCCUGGUCAUCUCUGGGGACUCCCUGGAGGUGUGCCUCAAAUACUACGAGUAUGAGUUCAUGGAGCUGGCCUGCCAGUGCCCAGCCGUGGUCUGCUGCCGCUGCGCCCCCACCCAGAAGGCCCAGAUAGUGCGCCUACUCCAAGAACGUACCGGAAAGCUCACCUGUGCAGUAGGUGAUGGAGGCAAUGACGUCAGCAUGAUCCAGGAGGCGGACUGUGGCGUGGGAGUGGAAGGCAAGGAAGGAAAACAAGCUUCGCUGGCCGCAGACUUCUCUGUCACUCAGUUUAAGCAUCUCGGCCGGUUGCUCAUGGUGCAUGGCCGGAACAGUUACAAGCGCUCAGCUGCUCUCAGCCAGUUUGUGAUCCACAGGAGCCUCUGCAUCAGCACCAUGCAGGCUGUCUUCUCCUCCGUGUUCUACUUCGCCUCUGUUCCUCUCUACCAGGGAUUCCUCAUCAUUGGGUACUCCACAGUUUACACCAUGUUCCCCGUGUUCUCGCUGGUCCUGGACAAGGACGUCAAGUCGGAAGUGGCCAUGCUGUACCCGGAGCUCUACAAAGACCUGCUCAAGGGACGACCGUUGUCCUACAAGACGUUCUUAAUCUGGGUUUUGAUUAGCAUCUAUCAAGGGAGCACCAUCAUGUAUGGGGCACUGCUGCUGUUUGAGUCGGAGUUCGUGCACAUCGUGGCCAUCUCCUUCACGUCGCUGAUCCUCACCGAGCUGCUCAUGGUGGCACUGACCAUCCAGACCUGGCACUGGCUCAUGACGGUGGCCGAGCUGCUCAGCCUGGCCUGCUACAUCGCCUCCCUGGUGUUCCUACAUGAGUUCAUUGAUGUGUACUUCAUCGCCACCCUGUCGUUCCUCUGGAAAGUCUCUGUCAUCACUCUGGUCAGCUGUCUCCCCCUCUACGUCCUCAAGUACCUGCGAAGACGAUUCUCCCCCCCUAGCUACUCGAAGCUCACAUCGUAGGCUGUGUGCCGGGCCAGGGGACCCUGGCUCUUCACUCCCUCAGUGGGCAGAGUUCAAGUUCCAUUUGUGUGAACUGCCACCUGUGGAUUUCGCAGCAGUCGCUAACACGUGCCGUUUUGAUGCGGCGAGGCUGUGCCCCCGGGGGAGUCCUCCCAGGCAGGACACGGGGGGCGGUUCUGAGAGGGGCCGCAUGCACCCGUGGGACCCCCAGUUGUCACGUGGGAGUGACAGUGACGUCAAAACGGGUGGCUCGCCGGACCGCUGUGUGGGUCACUGCGCAAGCUUCCUUAUGACUUGAAUUUUGUUGUCACGUGAUAAAACUUUCCGUCUAGUUGAAGGUUAUAGAAGGCCUUUUUUUUUUUUUUAAAAAAAAAAUCAGUUCUUUCGUGUGUUCUCUUUAAGACUCUCACUCUUACAAAGUGGUUUCAGCAGAACAUACAGUUCUCAGUGUAGGUUUGGGGGCCAACCCAGUGACAUGUGAUCAAAGUCAUCCAAACAAUGAUUCCAUCCGGAAAUGCCCAGCUUCCUCUCUAAGCCCUACUUGGGGAAGGGACCCUGGAUUCCUGGGGCCACGAAGCUUGGCCCUGAGGAGAGCGAGGGUGGGAGUGGGCCUGAGCCCCUGGGCGAGGUGGUUUCACCUGCCUCCUCGGAAAGGAAUUCCAGAGGUGGCACUGCCGCUUUGUGGGGAGCUGGUGACAAUCACAAAGCAGGGGCUGUCUGAGGACACCCUCUGGCACUUUCAGCGGGUUGUUUUAGCAGGAAACGUCACCGAGCAGGCCCUACGUGUGUCAACGGUGUGAUAACAGAUCCAGCUAAUUCUUCAGACAACCUGGCAGAUGUGACUCAGACCCUCCAAGGCUGGAGCAGAAAGGUCAGGGCACCAGGGCUCUGCUCUUCCCCGGCAGCCUGUUUCCUGUUAGGAGGAGUUUCUGAGGAUAAGCUGACAAAGGCAGCGACAUCUUGCCAUUCCUCAGUGGCAGCCUUCAAAGCCACGAGCCUCUGGGGAGGAGGCCCAGCUGCAGCUUGGGGACCUGGGAUCAGCUCGCCUGGCUGCAGAUUUCCAGGGCACGUGCUGAAAGGCAGCCGGGGAAAGGCUUCUUUUCUCCUGCCAGCAAUGGCUGCGUGCACGUGUGUUUCUUAUAAAGCGUGGCUGCCACUUUCAGAGGGAGAAGGGAGUUUGCAGGCGUUGGACGUGGCAGGGCAUUCUUGGGGUCGCAAGUCACUUCUUGUGGGAGGCACAUAUGCGUGCCAUAAGGGUUAAGUCGAUGGAUCCUCCAGACUCGACAGUGGCGCUGUCCUGGGUUUGUGAUUCGUUCUGUGUGAGCUCACACCCUUCAGACCUGCAGUGUGGCUACCUGUGUGUGCCACGGCCUGGCUGCCACCCGCUACCCACCUACCCUAGGGAAACCUGCUCUCAGAGACUUGGGACACGAAGACCACACAGCCUUGACUUUGGAAUGCUGAUCCACUCUUGCAUUUUGUGUAGCCCUGUGAAAGCUUCCUAGAAUGACAGUAAGUUGCAAGGACUAUUAAAUUGGCUGCAGACAGCACUUCUCUCUUUGUUUUAAGAGUCCGUAGUUUCGCAGCAUUUCUCCCUUUCCCAUCUAGCUGUUUCUACCCAGGAGAAAAGCUCCACAGCAAGGAUGCAGUGCAUUGCACGAGUGGUUGUUUAGGAAUAGGAUCUUGGCCCAGAUGGUUCAAGAAGGUGGAGCAGAUCUGACUUCUUCAUUGAACAAUUUUAUGUGGCUUUAAACACAGAGGAGAAAGUUUUGUCUAGUGCUUUUGAGCCUCUCGAGUUCACAAACCCGAGCUGGCCUUGUUCGGGAGACAGGCCAGGACUCCAGCAGUCCGCUCAGUGGGAACCUUGCUAGGUGGCCGUAGGUGUUUCCAGCAGAGUAGGGAACCAAGCUGGUCUCUCCGGUCUUUUCCUUAACCGUGAUUUCCAUUGGGUUGGCACCCAGAAUCCCACUUGACACCUCCAAGGGAGGAAGCUUCCUAGGAAGGCUCAGAGGCCACGGCGGAAGUACGGGUGCCUGACAGUGUCCUCCCGGGCCCCUGUGUUCAGUUCUCUUUCUCCUCCAAGGGCCCCCAUACUUGGGUGGUGGCAGUGAUGGGUAGAAGGACGGAAACCCACGUGGAUGUGAGCCACGCUGUGGGACCAGCCUGCCGACACUGCCCCCUGGUCCCUGAGUGUUGGGACGCAGGAGACACAGGAGCACGCAGGAGAACUGUGAUCCAAGGAGAGAACCCGGGUGCGCUCAGCCCUUCUCGGUCCUCUUAGUCAUGGGAGGACAAGGAGAGCGAGGAGCCCCAGCUGGUGUGCAAGACACUCUCCGGGGCUUGUACACUUGAACACGCAGAUUCAGUUGCCCUUUCUUUUCCUUGGUUCGCCAGUCUGGAAAAACUUCUGUAAAAAGCACCACUGGGGGAACCCAGGGGGACCCCAUCUCCAACAGCCAUUUAAUGGGAGGUCGGGGCACAGUGACCGCUGCCUGGACACUGUCCUUGAAGGAGAAAUCACAGCACCUGCGCCCUUUGACCACACUGAGUACUUCCUUCCCAGCAAGAGCGUCUGUUAUUUAAUUAUUAUGAAACCUUUUGAUGAUGGUUAUGGGUGAGCGUCUCUUUUUCCCCCCUUCCUCCCUUCUGGUUCAGAAUUUCUCCACACUUGAUCUUAGCCGAAAGGCCGAGAAGUGAUUGGAUCAGGAUUUCUCUAAGAAACUGACCUUCAAGCCUCUCCAUCUAUUGGACAGUUUUGAGCCUGACCUUGAGAGCUCGAGUGUGCACGUGUGUUGUUGUACGAGGCGGGAGGGGACAGUCGCUCAAGCUGCUUGCAGGGCAUCCUGGGGGCUUCUUAAAAUCCCAGCGAACUCCUAUUUUCAGCCAGCAGGUGGUGGCGGGCCCAGGGCUGGGGUCGCUCCCACACUUAACCUUAUCACAUCCGCUUGUCCCAGUCUCCCCUGAGUGAAGCCCUUUUUGAAGCAGUAACCUUAAAUACCACCGUUCCCUUCCCAGCAUUUUCUGUUCGUUCUCUGCUGAAAAUCUGGGUUGUGCUGACGAUAUUUUUAAAUGUAUUUUGAAUUUUGUGCUCCUUGGACAUUGAUACUCUAACGCCUAUGUUUUUCUCCAGACUUUUGUUUUUAUACUUUGUCUUGUUUUUACUGGGGUGGGGCUGGGCAUGCACAAAAAAUGCCUUUAUGGGCAGCAUUUUAAACUUUUGCCAAAACUUCAAAUGGGAUCUUAAUGCUCCAUCCUGUUUAAAGCAAAUGCUUAUCAGACGUUUUUGUCUUUAACCUUUGUGUGUGUGUGUGUUUGUGUGUGUGUGUGUGUGUGAAGUGUGUAUGUGUGUUUAGGAUCUCAUCUCAAGUUUUUGGAAGAAAUAUUUGGUUUCUCAAUGCAUUAGAAUUCCAUUCCUCCCAGCUCUGUUUGUAUUUUAAAAAUAUACAAAGAGCUUUAUAAGUACAUUUUAUUUCUCCCCCUUUCCUUUAAUAUAAGGAAGCUUUUUGGCUUUCUAUACUUGAAAUAUUUUCAUUAUGUCCAUUCUUCUUGGAAAAAAAAAAAGAUUGCUUGCUUUGGGUUGGAACUGAAAAGCAACCACUGUGGGGCGCAUCCUCUGACUGCAGCCCAGGCCCUGCGGGGCCAUGCAGCACCAGCUGCCCGUCCAGCUCCCCUGUCCCCUCCAGCACAGGACGGUUUGGGCAGUCCGUGCCCGGGGCGGGCCAAUGCCAGUGAGCAUUGUGUGUGGGGUGAGGUGGGGCUAGCGUUGGGGUACAGAAUGGUGGGUCCCCACUCAUUCUGUGGCAGCGGGGUCUCCUGUGAGCUCACAGUCCCCUUAUUAGAUUUGUCUGUGCAACUCUCAUGCAGGCGUUUGCCAGGGCAGCAUUUUUUGAUUAGAGGAAAGCUCGAAUGCGGGAUGCUUUAAUUUAGCAAGAACGACCAGAUGAUUUAAAUUCUCAGCUCUGUGAUGACACACAUGGGAUCUUCCGUGUUUCUGAGCAAUUCCACUUUCAUUCUUUGCCAGCGUGGCCCGUUGCCCAAUAAAGCUUGUGUAUUUUCUGCCUGUGGGCAUCAUUUUAAUUUGUACAGGAACAUGAAUUCUGGUGAUGAAAUGAGGACUUUUUAUUAUGAUGCUAUUAUGUGCUUAUCUUGUGGUACACAAAAUGUAAAGAACUUGUUUCCAGUUUUAAAAAAUUAUUUUGAUUUCAGAAAAAAAGCCCAAUGCAUGUUAUUUAAUUCUGUACUGUUGUCCAUUCCAAACAUGUCAAAAAUUCAAAAAGUGAUUGAUAUAAAUG